AUGGCAAUUCUUAAGUCAAUAAUUUCAUGACUCUUAGGUCUUGGCUUGGGAUCUUUAUUAGCAUAUUAUUUAUCAAGACAAAAGAAGAAGCCACGAUCAAUUCCUCUAAAGGACCAAUUAAUCAGAAAUUCCCAAUUUUUUGGAGAAGGCCAAAAGAAAAUUCAGCAAAGUUUUGUUAUUGUUAUUGGUCUAGGCGGUGUCGGCAGCCAUUGUGUAGUAGGCUUAGCUCGAUCAGGUAUUAAAAAACUCCGAAUUGUCGAUUUCGAUAUUGUAACACUUGGCUCAUUAAAUCGACAUGCAGUCGCUAUAGUUGAUGAUGUCGGCCAAACUAAAUCUGAUGUAUUAAAAAGGCACUUACUCCUCCCUCUAUAAGCGAACAAAACCAUUAGAAAAAUCCCUAUUUUUUGCCCAAAAACCACCCUCCAUGAGCGAACAAAAAUUUUUUAUGGGAAAAAUGUUGAUAAAUAGGUAAUAACUAGUAUCAUGAAAUCUCGAGCUAAUUCUGUUUAAUUUUAAACAAAUAGUGUUUUUAAAACAUAAAUUUUAUAAUAUUUCCCUUCAAAUUUUCGAGAAGCGGGAUAUUUUUAAAUUCCGAAAAAAAAUUUACUUUAGAAUUUAUAUAUAAAUUUUUAAAAAAAAAAAUUAACCACCUCUGUGAGGAAAAAAUUUUUUUUGUUCACUUACGGGGGGGGAGCUAGAAGAAAUUAUCCCACAGUGUGAAGUAGACGCUAUCAAUACAUUGUUUUCCAGAGAAAAUGCUGAACAAUUAUUAAGCGGAAACCCUGAUUUUGUUAUUGACUGCAUUGAUAAUAUCAACACAAAAGCUGACUUACUAGAAUUUUGCCAUCAGAGAGAAAUCAAUGUGAUCAGCUCAGGAGGGGCUGGAGGAAAAAUUGAUCCAACCCGAAUGGAAAUUUCUGAUAUCUCGUCUACAAAAAACUGCGAGCUUGUAAGAAAAUUACGAAAAAUUUUGCAUAAAAGAGGAGUAAAAGAAGGAAUCACUGUUGUUUAUUCAGCAGAGGGAGCUGCACAAAGUUUGUUAAAAGUGCAAGAUAAAAUGUCAAAUACACAAGAAAAAUAUGAUGAUUAUGCAAAAUUCAGAACAAGAGUUAUGCCAGUCAUUGGAACCAUGCCAGCAGUAGCAGGGAACUCUAUAGCUACUUAUGUGCUGUCUAGACUGGGUGGGGUUGAAUUUAAGUCACUUGAUAAAGAAAAUGUCCGAAGAAAUACAUUCAACAAAUUUUAUCAAAGUCUUGAAAUACUAGAAAAAAAACACUUUAGAUGCAAGCUUGAAAUGGACUUCGAAGAGUUUGAAAACGUCGCUGGAGAUUUGUGGCAUUGGCAAUCGGUUUAUAGCCACACUACUAUUGGAGUUGAUGCUGUGAGAUUUGAUUUGACGAAACCUCCAAGUGAAACUAAUUUAAUUAUGCUGACUAAGCAAGAACUAAAACAACAUAUCUCGAAUACUCUUCCAUGGACACAAGAGCAGCUUGAAGAAAUAAGAAGAAAACUGGAAGACAAUUAA